AAAACACAUCGAAACAUGAAGCAGCAAACUGAACACACUUACUAUUACAGUAGAGGAUGGGCGAUCGCGACAGAGGUCGCGACCGAGAUCGGGACAGGGACAGGGACAGAGACAGAGACAGAGAUAGAGAGAGAAGAAGAGAUAAAGACGAUCGAGAACGUGAUCGAGACCGCAAGGACCGUGAGCGCAGCAAACGCUCUCGCACUCGUUCGCCGGACCGCACCCGGUCGCGUCACACCCGUUCUCGUACUCGCUCGCCGGACCGCCACCGCUCAGGGACCCGCUCCCCCGACCGCGCUGGGCGGCGACACCACCGUACUCCCUCGCCGGACCAUCCGCGCAAGCGCCACAAACGCGGCGAAGAAGACGACAAAGACCGACAGAGAGCGGCGGCUGCGGUAGCCGAGUUUGUGGACGGGAUUGCGAGGGAGCAGAAGCAGCAGAAGGGUUCCGCGGAGGGAAGUGGUGCUGAUGGGGGUGGUGAUGUGGAGGUAGACCCAGAUGAGAUAGAGAUGAUGAAGAAAUUGGGGAUUCCGACUGGGUUUGAUUCGACGAAAGGGAAGCCGGUGCCCGGAGCCGAUGUGAGCGGAGUGAGGGCUGUGACAAAGCGGCAGCCGAGGCAGUACAUGAACAGGCGGGGCGGUUUUAAUCGUCCUUUGCCGGCUGAAACGAAUCGUCGUUAAUCUGAAUCUGUUGAGAUGGGAAAGCAUUUGCUAGCAUGGAGUGGAUGAGGAGGAGAUAUUUGGUUCCCAAAUUCUGUUGAUGGAACUCAAUUGCAAGAAGCCAUGUUAGAGUCCCUGGAAUUUUCCCUUUGAAGAUGUAUUGAUUGUACUCUAUAUAAAAUCCCAAAUACGGUUGGAUUGGAACUUCCAUAGUGUUGUACAAUCUGAUUCUAUUGAAUUCUUUCGAGUCCCCAUAAA